ACGUUUCAGCUUCCCUUCAAUCCUUUUUUUCUUUUUUUAUUUGUUUUUAUUGAACAUAGUUUAUUUUGUUUGUCCUCAGCUCAAUUUGCACUUACUACUCCGUCAUAUAAACCUCAACCACAAUCACCCUCUUAAGUAAUCUAUCUUUUCCCAAUUCAAAGCGCCACCAAAAGCUUUGUUCUUGUGUUGGAAUUUCCAAUUUUGUUAGUCAAAAAGUGCAAUUCAAUGCUUCUUUUUCACUGUUUUGAAAUAUGUUAUAAUGGGUCCAAGUAAUUAUGCCUGUGUCCAACUUUAGCCGCUGAUCCUCAUUGCUUUUGUUCCCGAAAACCCUAGGAGAAUAGACCGGAGCCAUUGUUUUAAAGUUCCAGAAUUUGGGUGUCCUUCAAUUUCAAUUUUCCGCAAUUGGGUUUGAUCCGUGUUGGUUAAAAUUGUAUUCUUUAGCUGAAACUCAAUCCCGUGCCUCGUACAGAUUCCCACAAACGGCUUCAAAUUUUCAGUGUCGUGUUAAGUGCACAUACACUUUGGGCUUCAUGUAUCUGUAUCUUGUUAUUUAAUUAGCUCAGCUUUCAUCUUAUAAAGAAGGAUUCUGCGUUUGGAAUUAUCUUUGUUUUAUCAGUUUAAUCUGUUGCAAGCUCAAGUUUGUCUUUCAUCCCAGAAGAAAAAGGAAAAAGGGCUCAAGUUUGUCAUGGAGUGGCUCAUUUGAAGGUCCUCAAAUAUAGUUUUCCAUGCGUCUAUGUCAAUAGCCUGUGGCAUUCCCAUCCUUGAGGGUGUGUACUGUCUGGCUUGUGCUCGCUGGUUGUGGCAGAAAUGCCUCUACACCGCAGGCCAUGAAAGUGAAAACUGGGGCCUAGGCACCGCUGAAGAAUUUGAGCCUGUUCCUCGCCUUUGUCGCCUCAUCUUAGCUAACUAUGAAAACGAUAUUCGUAAUCCGCUUUGGGCUCCGCCUGGAGGUUACAAAAUUAAUCCUGACUGGGUAGUCUUACGUAAAAAUUAUGAAGAAACUGUUGGCCAUGUUACUCCUUAUAUGAUCUACCUUGAUCAAGAUAAUGCUGAUAUAGUCCUGGCAGUUAGUGGGCUCAAUUUGGCGAAGCAAAAUGAUUAUGCAGUUUUACUUGAUAACAAACUGGGGCAGACAAAAUUUGGUGGUGGUUAUGUCCACAAUGGGCUAUUAAAGGCAGCAGGAUGGCUUUUCGAUGCAGAGUGUGAGGUUUUGAGGGAAUUGGUCGAGAGGAAUCCAAAUUAUACCCUGACAUUUGCUGGUCAUUCCCUAGGAGCAGGGGUGGUAGCACUGUUGACAUUGGUCGUAGUUCAGAAUCGGGGAAAAUUGGGAAACAUUGAGAGAAAGAGGAUCCGAUGCUAUGCUAUAGCUCCUCCUCGGUGUAUGUCACUGAAUUUGGCAGUCAGAUAUGCAGAUAUUAUCAAUUCUGUUGUACUUCAGGAUGAUUUCUUACCUCGGACAACCACUGCCCUGGAAGAUGUAUUCAAAUCACUUAUCUGCUUGCCAUGUUUGCUAUGCCUGAUGUGCUUGAAGGAUACAUGCACACUGGAGGAGAAGAUGCUUAAAGAUCCAAGACGGCUCUAUGCACCUGGUCGUCUCUAUCACAUUGUUGAGCGGAAACCCUUAAGGUUAGGAAGAUUUCCACCGGUUGUGAGGACAGCUGUACCUGUGGAUGGGAGGUUUGAGCACUUAGUUCUUUCUUGCAAUGCAACUUCUGACCACGCUAUCAUUUGGAUAGAGAGAGAAUCACAAAGGGCUCUUGAUUUAAUGCUGGAGAAAGAUAAGAUUAUGGAGAUUCCGGUAAAGCAGAGGAUGGAGCGGCAGGAAUCUCUUGCCCGAGAACAUAGCCAGGAAUACAAGGCAGCGCUUCAGAGAGCCGUUGCUUUGGAUAUCCCUGAGGCAUACUCGCCUUCUGAAUAUGGAACAUUCCAUGAACAUGAAGGUGAGAAUUCUUCCAGAUCAAGUGAGGACAUCUCAUCCUUGCCCGUUAAGGGAAGGAAGGAAAGCUGGGAUGGAUUUGUAGGGCGUCUAUUUAAGGUGGAUGAGUCUGGCCACAUGGUGUUCAAGAAGUCAUAGAUGAUCAGAAGAAUUUCACAUUGUAACUUAGCCAACAAGUCAUUCUUUGAUUCAUAUCAAGCACCCUUUGACAGGGCUAUGUUGAGUUCAAUACCUGGAUAUCUGUCGAGGGACAUGAAGAUGUGUACAUGAAUGCCCAGCUUCGAUCAAAUGUAAAAAGAAUUUAAUUCUUUAAUGAUUCUUUUAACCCUCCAUUCCAUGGGUGCUGAAGCAUAUAAAAAAGCUUUCCAAA